CGGUACCAAGAGGCACGCGCUUCAGUUCUCCUCUAAGCUACACGGUGGCAUAAAGGGUACAUUUAUUUUCUCUCCAAUGCAAUGUAUUUUAAUCUACGACGCGCUUCUUUCCAAAACUCAAUGAAGACAGAUAUGUCUCUACCGCUAACUUGUGGUCUGUUUUAAGUUUUUAAUGGUAGAUAAUAUUAUUGAGAUAUUUCACCAGAAUAGCUUGACACGUGCAAAUUUAAAGAGAUCAACUUCAGAGUCGCGAUGAUGGCAUCAAUCGGGGAGUUCGAUCCGCUGAACAACAUCGUUCCUGCUACUAAAAUAGAAGUUACCGUGUCAUGCAGGGAUCUUCUGCAUGUGGACACAUUCUCCAAGUCUGAUCCUGUGGUUGUGCUGUAUCUGCAGGGUAUCGGCACCAAAGAGUGGAGGGAGUUUGGCAGAACAGAGGUUAUUGACAACACACUGAAUCCAAACUUUGUGCGGAAGUUUUUCCUGGAUUUCUUCUUCGAAGAGAAGCAGAACCUCCGCUUUGACGUAUACAAUGUGGACUCCAGAAGUUCAAAUAUUUCCAAAUUUAAGGACUUCCUGGGUCAGACCUUCUGCACUCUGGGGGAGAUCAUUGGAUCCACUGGCGGGCGGCUGGAGAACAGCUUAUCUGGGAUUCCUGGGAAGAAGUUAGGGGCCAUUAUCUUCACGGCGGAGGAGCUCAGUAACUGUAGGGACAUUGCUACCAUGCAGCUGUGUGCCAACAAGCUGGACAAGAAAGACUUUUUUGGGAAAUCUGACCCCUUCCUGGUCUUCUACAGAAGUAACGAGGAUGGAACGUUCACUAUCUGUCAUAAGACAGAGGUGGUUAAGAACACACUGAAUCCUGUGUGGCAGCCCUUCACCAUCCCAGUGAGGGCCCUCUGUAAUGGGGACUAUGACAGAACAGUGAAGGUGGAUGUGUAUGACUGGGACAGAGACGGAAGCCAUGAUUUCAUUGGUGAGUUCACCACAAGUUACAGAGAUUUCUCACGUGGACAAAACCAGUUUAAUGUCUAUGAGGUUCUAAAUCCGAAAAAGAAGGGCAAGAAAAAGAAAUACAUUAACUCUGGCACUGUAACACUGCUGUCCUUCAAAGUGGAGUCGGAAUAUACGUUUGUGGAUUUCAUCCGAGGCGGGACACAACUCAACUUCACAGUAGCCAUCGACUUCACUGCUUCUAAUGGUGACCCGUCUCAGCCCACCUCCCUCCACUACAUGAACCCGUACCAGAUGAAUGCGUAUGCCAUGGCCCUGAAGGCUGUAGGGGACAUCAUCCAGGACUAUGACAGUGACAAGCUCUUUCCUGCCUACGGCUUCGGAGCCAAGCUACCUCCCGAUGGAAAGAUAUCCCACGCCUUCCCUCUGAGUGGUGACAAUGAAAACCCUAACUGUGUGGGGAUAGAGGGAGUUUUGGAGGCGUACUUCCAGAGCAUCAGGACGGUCCAACUCUACGGACCCACCAACUUCUCUCCAGUCAUCAACCAGGUGGCACGGCACACAGUCCUCCCUGAGUUUGAACUCUCCAGUGUGUGCGUGCGUGUUCCCCUCAGGUCUGCGCAGGAUGUGACGGAUGGCUCUCAGUAUUUUGUGUUGUUGAUGAUCACAGACGGAGUUAUCUCUGACAUGGUACAGACCAAGGAGGCUGUAGUCAAUGCAGCUGCUCUCCCGAUGUCCAUCAUCAUCAUCGGGGUUGGACCUGCAGAGUUUGACGCCAUGGAGGAGCUAGAUGGUGAUGAGGUCAGAGUGUCCUUCAGGGGGCACUUUGCUGAAAGAGACAUUGUGCAGUUUGUUCCUUUCCGGGACUACAUGGACCGGUCGGGGAACCAGGUCCUGAGCAUGGCCCGGCUGGCUAAGGACGUGCUGGCUGAGAUCCCUGAGCAGCUGCUGGGGUUCAUGAAGACCAGAGGCAUCGAGCCCCGGCCCGCCCUCACCUCCUCAGACCUGCCCAACCUCCACAGGCACAUCUGACACCCCCCACUGUAGUGGGACAGCACCUUUCAACCCCUCCCCCCACCUCUCUCUCAUCUCUUUAAACCCUAUGCCAUUGCCAUUUCAUUGCAAGCCGAUGUCGCCACCCCCUACAACUGCGCAUGCUUAACACAGUUUAUAUCUAUACAUAGAAUGAAUGUAUUCAUACAUUGUGCCAUAGAACACGUAAGGGUGGGUAGAUUGAGCACCCAAUGCAAUAGCCACAAGCACCGUCACUUCUGAAGAGAAGGGAGAAAUAUAACUGACUAUGCCAUGAUGUAUCAACACAUGCUGUACACUUAUAACGUUCACAUGCAUAUGCAGAGGGAGGAGUUAGUCUGUGAAAGUUAUUGAUGUAGAAAAUAUACUGAACAAAAAUAUAAACGUAACAUGCAACAAUGUCAAAGAUUUUACUGAGUUACAGUUCAAAUGAGGAAAUCAGUCAAUUGAAAUAAAUUAAUUAGGCCCUAAUCUAUGGAUUUCUAUGGUAACACAGAAUACAGUUGGUCACAGAUACCUUAAAAAAAUGGGCCUCACAAUGAGCCUCAGGAUCUCGUCAUGGUAUUUCUGUGCAUUCCAAUUGCCAUUGAUAAAAUGUAAUUGUGUUCGUUGUCCGGUGCUUAUGCCUGCCCAUACCAUAACACCACCGUCAUCAUGAGGCACUCUGUUCAUCAGGAAACCGCUCGCCCACACGACGCCAUACACGUGGUCUGCGGUUGUGAUGCCAAGUGGACGUACUGCCAAAUUCUCUAAAACAACGUUGGAGGUGGCUUAUGGUAGAGAAAUGAACAUUUAAUUCUGAAUAGUUGUCUAAUCAAGAUAUGUUAGUGUUUUAGUUUUCGUUAGUGUUACAUUUUUUUCUUCCGCUUUGACAUUACAUAGUAUUUUGUGUAGAUUCUUGACCAAAAAUUACAAUUAAAUCAAUUUUAACCCCACUUUGUAACACAACAAAAUGUGGAAAAAUAAUUUCUGAGGGCACUGUAUAUGCAAAGCAGCUUAGCCAUCAACUGGAGAGAACAGGUAAACAAACUUCAAUCAAUGAUCAUCGCUGAUUGAUUGAUUGAUUGAUUGAUUGAUUGAUUGAUUGAUUUGGUUAACAAACUUGACAUAUUGCUUUCAGCCCACACCUCCACACAAAAUAUUCUAAAUCCACUCCCUCUCUCCGAGUGUCAUGUUAUAAUGCAACAAUGGUUGUUUUCUGUUGCCUUUCAUUUGAUUUUCUGAAACUAAAUGACUCAAAGAGUGAUUUAUAAAAAUCAAGCCCCAAAACACGAGUGCAGUUGACUGUCUUUGGGGAGGUGAAUGAAGAGGUUAUCCUGGGCAAACUUUAUUAUGUGUUUGUUUUGUUGAUGAUUGACCUGAAGCGGGUCUUGUGUCAUGAACUAGGGGUCGGUUCAACAGGAAGCAGCGUUUUGGAACGUUCAGAUAGAAAUAUGUUAUGUAGAACAAGCAUGCCUUUCCGACAUGUAAAACAAGCAAUCAUGUCGGCUCUAUUCAAGGCAUUUCUAUCUGCAACGUUUGGCAACUGAACAUGUGGCCCUGGAGAGUGUUGACACGGCUGGCAUGGGGCCCAGGUCACAUGUUCGUUAGCGCCAGUCAUUCUCACCCCCCUGUCUAUCAUACCAUCCUGCCCAGCAUGGGAUGAUGCUGGGUGCAGAUUACACCCUGCUGGAACAGAAAUGCCAGUCUCAGUGCCCUCCUGCAGUGAGGGAGAGGUAGACCGAGGAGGUAUGGGGAGGUUGAGGAGAGAUGGGGAGGUUAAGGGCUGUGACAGUAGGUUUGGUUGAUGUUUUUAUUUUUUGUGUAUUUGUCAGAAAUGAAAGGAGAAAGAGAGAGGAGAGAUUUCUUGUGUUGUCAUAAUACAUUGGAGAAAUCAGGCUAGCAACCCUGUUGCCACAUGAAGCUCCAGGCUUAGUUCUGAUCAUAGUUUAUUUGGUUCUGAUUCUGACAUCAAAGCAUUACAAUCAAUUAUACACUGUCAAUGAAUCUCCUUUUUGUGACAUCAUUAAAAAGCAUCUCAGAAAAAACUCGCAAGAUACUAGAAUCCCCAUCUCAAAAUGUUCACCAACCUGAAAUGUAUACAGCAAAGCAUUUUUUACACCAGUAGGAGUUGACCACAGCACUUGACAUUGCCAAUGUUGAGUUAACACUGUACAUCCUACUUUCAAUGUUAUUUGCACAGUAUCAGAUGGAAUGGAGACUGAGUUAAUCACUAAGAUACAGCAAUAAUUCAAGAAUGUUUUCAACUGACUGUUCUGUAGAGUGGCUCAGCUCUACCACCUUGCGGUCAAUGCUAAUUGAGGCACUUCUGAGCUCAGUACAGUAUGAGGAUGUUACAGACUGACAUGAUUUCCUGGUAGAUGUGUUGAGCUGAUAACGCUCCAGUAUGGUGAGGUUAGGUUGGGUUGACCCUGGCUCCUGUAUGGUGAGGUUAGGUUGGGUUGAUCCUGGCUCCUGUAUGGUGAGGUUAGGUUGACCCUGGCUCCUGUAUGGUGAGGUGAGGUUAGGUUGACCCUGGCUCCUGUAUGGUGAGGUUAGGUUGACCCUGGCUCCUGUAUGGUGAGGUUGGGUUGACCCUGGCUCCUGUAUGGUGAGGUUAGGUUGACCCUGGCUCCUGUAUGGUGAGGUUAGGUUGACCCUGGCUCCUGUAUGGUGAGGUUAGGUUGACCCUGGCUCCUGUAUGGUGAGGUUAGGUUGACCCUGGCUACUGUAUGGUGAGGUGAGGUUGGGUUGAUCCUGGCUCCUGUAUGGUGAGGUUAGGUUGACCCUGGCUACUGUAUGGUGAGGUGAGGUUGGGUUGAUCCUGGCUCCUGUAUGGUGAGGUUAGGUUGACCCUGGCUCCUGUAUGGUGAGGUGAGGUUGACCCUGGCUCCUGUAUGGUGAGGUUGGGUUGACCCUGGCUCCUGUAUGGUGAGGUUAGGUUGACCCUGGCUCCUGUAUGGUGAGGUGAGGUUGGCCCUGGCUCCUGUACGGUGAGGUUGACCCUGGCUCCUGUACGGUGAGGUGAGGUUAGGUUGACCCUGGCUCCUGUAUGGUGAGGUUAGGUUGACCCUGGCUCCUGUAUGGUGAGGUUAGGUUGACCCUGGCUCCUGUAUGGUGAGGUUAGGUUGACCCUGGCUCCUGUAUGGUGAGGUUAGGUUGACCCUGGCUCCUGUACGGUGAGGUGAGGUUGGGUUGAUCCUGGCUCCUGUACGGUGAGGUGAGGUUGGGUUGACCCUGGCUCCUGUAUGGUGAGGUUAGGUUGACCCUGGCUCCUGUAUGGUGAGGUUAGGUUAGGUUGACCCUGGCUCCUGUAUGGUGAGGUUAGGUUGACCCUGGCUCCUGUAUGGUGAGGUUAGGUUGACCCUGGCUCCUGUACGGUGAGGUGAGGUUGGGUUGAUCCUGGCUCCUGUAUGGUGAGGUGAGGUUAGGUUGACCCUGGCUCCUGUAUGGUGAGGUUAGGUUGACCCUGGCUCCUGUAUGGUGAGGUGAGGUUGACCCUGGCUCCUGUAUGGUGAGGUUGGGUUGACCCUGGCUCCUGUAUGGUGAGGUUAGGUUGACCCUGGCUCCUGUAUGGUGAGGUGAGGUUGGCCCUGGCUCCUGUACGGUGAGGUUGACCCUGGCUCCUGUACGGUGAGGUGAGGUUAGGUUGACCCUGGCUCCUGUAUGGUGAGGUUAGGUUGACCCUGGCUCCUGUAUGGUGAGGUUAGGUUGACCCUGGCUCCUGUAUGGUGAGGUUAGGUUGACCCUGGCUUCUGUAUGGUGAGGUUAGGUUGACCCUGGCUCCUGUACGGUCAGGUGAGGUUGGGUUGAUCCUGGCUCCUGUACGGUGAGGUGAGGUUGGGUUGACUCUGGCUCCUGUAUGGUGAGGUUAGGUUGACCCUGGCUCCUGUAUGGUGAGGUUAGGUUGACCCUGGCUCCUGUAUGGUGAGGUUAGGUUAGGUUGACCCUGGCUCCUGUAUGGUGAGGUUAGGUUGACCCUGGCUCCUGUAUGGUGAGGUUAGGUUGACCCUGGCUCCUGUACGGUGAGGUGAGGUUGGGUUGAUCCUGGCUCCUGUAUGGUGAGGUUAGGUUGACCCUGGCUUCUGUAUGGUGAGGUUAGGUUGACCCUGGCUCCUGUACGGUGAGGUGAGGUUGGGUUGACCCUGGCUCAUGCUAUACUGGUUAACUGAAUAUGUGGACUGUCGUGUGGCCUUACAAUCCCUCACUUUGCAAAGCCAUGUCUUGUCAGUGUGGUUAGGGAUGUAUGUGUGUGUGCCACAGUUAGUCGUGCGUCUCUUGAUCAUACCUUGUCUUGUGCAGUGAAGAGGAGAGUUUGCAUGCUGUGACUUUUAUACUAUACAAUCCUUGUUCUUGGUGUUUGAUGAUGAUAUUUGGUCACUGUCCACUACAGCUGAAAAUAUAUAUAUAGCUUAAUAUGCAUUUCACUUGUGUUACUUAACAUUCUCCUUUUGAUCAACUUCAUUUCCUUCAAACAGAGAAUGCUAAAUGUUUUACGCCAUGGGAUUUAGUUAUUGUUUAGAACAACACUUGUGAAUAGAUACAUUCAUGUAAAUACUAUGUUGUCUCUCUAUGCAGAUGUAUAAUGCAACGGAUAUGAUUUGAAUGUCCAUCCAUUGUAAAUAUGAACAUCAAAUGAAGAGUUUGUUACAGUAGUAUGCUAGGAAGUAGGUUACUUUUUCUAUCAGGGUGUCUUCACAUUUUGAUGUGUUAUGAAUGUAAACCUAUAGUAAUCAGUUGUUAUUUGUGUCAAAUGGAUCGUGCAUUUAUCCAUUUCCGAUUAUUUUAUUAUCAAAUGCAUUUCACCCAAGGACAGCCAACUCAUGUGAAUAACUUUAGUUUACCAUAUUUGAUAUGAUUCCAUCAUCUUGAUUUUAUUUGAGCGAUUAUUAUACAUUUAUAGACUACAGAAGGUGUGAGGGAAGUCCAUCAAAAGAGAAAUCCCUUAGUAAUGUAAAAUGCUAAAUGCAUGCACAUAAAAUAAACCUUUUUGUAAACCUAUCAUGUCUGUGAUUUGGCGGUCUGGUUAAGAUGUUGAAAUUCACACAGUAUGCAUGCCUUGAGACCCAUUCCAGUUCUCUUCAGAUACCUAAGGCUGGGAUUCAAACCGAUCUUAGGAUUUUAGGCAUUGUGGGUUUUUAAAGGCAAUGUUCCCACGUUCGUAGAGAUCCCAUUCACAGUAAACGCUGCAUAUGUCGGCUCAAUCGUAAAUUGCCUUUUAAAGCCAAAAUGUCUAUAACACAUGUCUUGGAUUGUAAUGCCCAUAACAUAUGUCUUGGAUUGUAAUGCCCAUAACAUAUGUCUUGGAUUGUAAUGCCUAUAACAUAUGUCUUGGAUUGUAAUGCCCAUAACAUAUGUCUUGGAUUGUAAUGCCCAUAACAUAUGUCUUGGAUUGUAAUGCCCAUAACAUAUGUCUUGGAUUGUAAUGCCCAUAACAUAUGUCUUGGAUUGUAAUGCCCAUAACAUAUGUCUUGGAUUGUAAUGCCCAUAACAUAUGUCUUGGAUUGUAAUGCCCAUAACAUAUGUCUUGGAUUGUAAUGCCCAUAACAUAUGUCUUGGAUUGUAAUGCCCAUAACAUAUGUCUUGGAUUGUAAUGCCUAUAACAUAUGUCUUGGAUUGUAAUGUCCAUAACAUAUGUCUUGGAUUGUAAUGUCCAUAACAUAUGUCUUGGAUUGUAAUGUCCAUAACAUAUGUCUUGGAUUGUAAUGCCUUUAACAUAUGUCUUGGAUUGUAAUGCCCAUAACAUAUGUCUUGGAUUGUAAUGCCUAUAACAUAUGUCUUGGAUUGUAAUGCCCAUAACAUAUGUCUUGGAUUGUAAUGCCUUUAACAUAUGUCUUGGAUUGUAAUGCCCAUAACAUAUGUCUUGGAUUGUAAUGCCCAUAACAUAUGUCUUGGAUUGUAAUGCCUUUAACAUAUGUCUUGGAUUGAAUCCUGGCCCAACCCAGCUUUAUGUGAACGCAUCAGGUGACAUUAAAGCACUUUAAAACAGAA